GGCAACAUGGCUGCACCCAAGAUCAUCGUCCUGGGUAGCCUGAAUGGCCAGCUCGAGCCCGCAUUCAAAAAGCUGGCCACCCUCCACGCCAAGAACCAGUUCUCUCUCGCCAUCCUCGCAGGCGACGUCUUCACCACCGAUACCGACGACGAGACGAUAUCCGCCCUGCUAGGGGGAUCCAUCGAGGUUCCCCUUCCCACUUACUUCACCGUCGGCAUUCAUCCCCUGCCGCCCCGGAUCGCAGCCAAGAUCGAAGCAGACGAAGAGAUAUGUCCCAACCUCCACUACCUCGGGAAGCGCAGCGUGACAAAGACCUCCGAAGGCGUCCGAAUCGUAACUCUCGGCGGCGUGCUCGAUCCGAACCUUGUGGCCGGCCAAUCACAAGAACAGCACUUGCCCUUUCACACGGCAGGCGAUGCAAAGGCCUUGCGAGGCGCCAACAGCACCGACAUCCUGUUGACCGCCAUGUGGCCGGCCAAGGUCUGGACUGGCUCCAAGGUGGUCCUCGAGCCUUCUCAUCAGGCUCUUGUGAGCAGCUCCGAGGAGAUUGCAGAUCUAUGCGCCGCCUUGAAGCCUCGGUAUCACAUCUCAGCCUCCCCAGACGCCUUCUUCUAUGAAAGGGAGCCAUUCGUCCAGCAGUCCGAUAAAGACCCCAGCAUCAUCUCCGCCACACGAUUCAUCUCCAUGGCCCCCUAUGGCAACGACAAAAAGGCAAAGGCAAUGUACGCCUUCACACUCAACCCCGCAGACACGACCAUCCCCCCCGGCGCCACCGCCUCACCCUUUGCAUCCAAAACCACCAACAACAAGCGCGGAAGACAAGACGAGGGAGGCUACAGCCGCUUCGGAAACCACCACGACGGCCACCACGGACGCCACAAGCGCCGCCGCGCCUCGCCGCCCCCGGGCCCCGACCGCUGCUACUUCUGCCUCUCGAACCCCAACAUCUCCGCGCACAUGUGCUGCAGCAUCGGCGACGAGGCGUACGUCACGACCGCAAAGGGGCCCCUGCCGACGCCCACGACGUUUGCGGACCAGGGGCUCAACUUCCCCGGCCACUUCAUCAUCAUCCCGCUGCCGCACGCCCCGACGAUAGCCAGCAUGGGCAGCACCGCGGACCCCGCCAGCGAGGCGGUCAAGGCGUACAACGAGAUGUCACGCUUCAAGGAGUCCCUGCAGGCCAUGAUCGCCGCCAAGAGCUCGCACAAGCUCGGCGCCGUCACCUGGGAAAUCAGCCGCGACCGCAACGUCCACCUCAUCUGGCAGCUCGUCGCCGUCCCCGCCGACCUGAUCCAAAAGGGCCUCGCGGAGGCAGCCUUCCGCGUAGAGGCGGAGAAUCUCCAGUACCCGGCCUUCAGCGCCGCGGACAUGCCGCUGCAGGACCUGGCGACCGCGGGCGACUUCUUCCGCGUCUGGCUGUGGGCGGACAACGGCGAGGACAAGAUUAAGGGAAAGUCCCUCGUUAUGCCGCUCGCGCGAGACGCGCGCUUCGACCUGCAGUUUGGCAGGAGGGUGCUGGCGAAGCUCCUGGGGCUCGAGAGCAGGGUUAGCUGGCAGGACUGCGCGCAGUCUGUGGAGGAGGAGACGAGGGACGUGGAGGCCUUCCGGGAGGCCUUUAAGGAAUGGGAUUUUACUCUGUGAU